AGAGGAUUUACAUCAAACAAACACACAUUAUAUACGCCUCAGUCACGCACCGCUACACGCCUACUUCGCUCGUUGAGUCCCUUCAUUUUCAGAUUUCUGAAAAUUUACGUUCGAUUGAUCUCUUUCCUUGUGGAGAGUUUAAAUGGAGUACGAAGGAAUCCUUCUGGGAAUGGGCAAUCCGCUUCUGGAUAUCUCUGCUGUGGUGGAUCAAGGAUUCCUAGACAAAUAUAAUCUUAAGUCAAAUGAUGCAAUUCUGGCGGAGGAGAAGCACUUGACUAUGUAUGAUGAGAUGAUAUCAAAGUAUAAAGUCGAGUACAUUGCUGGAGGAGCUACCCAAAAUUCAAUCAGAGUGGCACAAGUACUAAUGUUUCUUGUUUGUAGAUUGUUAAUCUUAUUGCGAGUGGAAAAAUCAUGUUUCACCAACUAAUUAUGUUUGACAUGUCAUUUUUAGUGGAUGCUUCAAAUUCCUGGUGCAACUGCUUACAUAGGAUCGAUUGGAAAGGACAAAUUUGGGGAGGAAAUGAAGAAAAAAGCAUUACAAUCUGGUGUUAAUAUUUGCUAUUAUGAAGAUGAAUCUCCUACUGGUACUUGUGCUGUAUGUGUGAUGGGUCACGAACGGUCACUUGUUGCCAAUUUGUCAGCUGCAAACUGCUAUAAAACUGAUCAUUUGAAGAAACCAGAAAAUUGGGCAUUGGUGGAAAAGGCCAAAUUCUACUACAUAGCUGGAUUUUUCCUCACUGUCUCACCAGAGUCUAUUAUGCUUGUUGGUGAGCAUGCAGCUUCGAAAAACAAGGUUUUCAUGAUGAACCUUUCUGCUCCAUUUAUAUGUGAGUUCUUUAAGGAUGUACAAGAGAGAGUAUUCCCGUACAUUGACUAUCUUUUUGGAAAUGAAACAGAAGCAAGAACUUUCUCUAAAGUUCAUGGGUGGGAGACUGAAGAUGUUGAAGAAAUAGCAUUGAAAAUUUCUCAGUGGCCUAAGGCAUCUGGGGCACACAAAAGAAUCACUGUUAUUACACAAGGUGCUGAUCCAGUAGUGAUUGCAGAAGAUGGGAAGGUGAAGCUCUUCCCUGUAACUUUGUUGCCGAAAGAACAACUUGUUGACACCAAUGGUGCAGGGGAUGCGUUUGUUGGUGGAUUUUUGUCCCAAUUGGUUCUAAAUAAACCAAUUGAAGAUUGUGUAAAAGCUGGAUGUUAUGCAGCAAAUGUCAUUAUCCAGAGAUCCGGCUGCACUUACCCAGAGAAGCCUGAUUUCAAAUGAGAGCUUAUUUCCUUUUCCUGCAUAUAUAUCCUCAUUCUUGGGUGAACUUUUUAUCGUUGUUCUCAACUUAUUUUAAUGCAUGUACUCGUCUCAGUGCUCCACCACAUGCCCAAUAUUUACAAGGGAUUUUAAUUUGGUUAUAAAUAUGAUCGUGUCAUAAGAACUUUA